GUUGCUAUAAAUCCUCCUCUCACUUUUGAGACGUCCCACACAGCGCUGCGCUACCUACUUCUUUCCUCCUGUAUAUUCCCUUCAACUGCUGGAGCUCUUAUAUUAUUAUAUAUCUAUAGAGAGAGAGAGAGAGAGAGAGAUAUGGGUUCUGAAGGAGUUGUGGAAGUCUUGUACUCCAAUGGCUUCUCCAAGAUUCAUGAUCAUGAAGAAGAAGAUGAUGGUAAUUCAUCAGCGUGGUUUGAAGAAGAGAUUGACGUUGAUCUCAAAUGGUCCUUCGCCAUUAAUAGUGUGCUUCAUAAAGGGGCUAGCGAGUACCAGGACAUAGUUCUUCUCGACACAAAGCGCUUCGGCAAGGUUCUGGUGAUUGAUGGGAAAAUGCAGAGUGCUGAAGUGGACGAGUUCAUCUACCAUGAAUGCUUAAUCCAUACUGCUUUCUUAUCUCACCCAAACCCAAAAACAGCGUUCAUAAUGGGCGGAGGAGAAGGGUCGGCUGCCAGGGAGGCACUUAAGCACAGAUCCCUCCACAGACUAGUCAUGUGCGAUAUCGACCAGGAGGUGGUGGAGUUUUGCCGUAGACAUCUGACGGCUAACAAACAGGCCUUCGGUGACACCAAGCUUCACCUAGUGAUUAAUGAUGCCAAGGCAGAGCUAGAGGAGAGAAAGGAGAAGUUUGAUAUAAUAGUGGGAGAUUUAGCAGACCCAGUUGAAGGAGGGCCUUGCUAUCAGCUCUAUACUAAAUCCUUCUACCAGAACAUUCUCAAGUCCAAGCUCAACGAGAAUGGCAUCUUUGUCACUCAGGCUGGGCCAGCAGGAGUUUUCACCCACAAGGAGGUCUUCUCCUCCAUAUACAACACCAUCAAACAGGUCUUCAAAUAUGUGCUGGCAUAUACAGCUCAUGUCCCGUCUUUUGCAGAUACUUGGGGUUGGGUUAUGGCUUCAGACCAACCAUUUUGUAUUGAUGUUGGGGAAAUAGACAAGAGGAUAGAGGAAAGAAUCACGGGGGAGCUGCUAUACCUAAAUGGCGCCUCCCUCCUAUCGUCCACCAUCCUUAAUAAGACCGUUUCAAAAACGCUGAAGAAUGAGACCCAUGUUUACACGGAAGAAGAUGCAAGAUUCAUCCAUGGACAUGGGCUUGCUUAUCGUAUUUGAGGCCUUUUAGCAAACAGUUGGGGAGCGUUGUGUUGCUGUACAGCCGAAACUGGAGUUGGAAACAAGAUUUUAUCAAUGAAAACCAUGCUCUUAGAGUUCUACCUUGAAAACCAACCAAAAAAAGAAAAAAAAAGAAAAAGAAAAGUUUGUCUCUCAACUAUUAGCAGUGUUUGGUGGUUUGUUAGACGGAUGGAUUACGUUAGGCUGCAAAGCUUUCGUGCCGUUUCUGUGUCAAAAUCUAUAUUAUGUAUGUGGGAUUUUAAUCAUUUUAUCA